AUGAUCCCGAACUGGAAGCUACUGAAGCUAUUCCUGGCCCUGUGUUUUUCUGGAUAUUUAUUUGUGACCCUGAAUAGAAUUUUCAGCUCGUUUACACACGUGUCAGUGUUGACAGACAUAGCGAAUGGAAUCAUUGGUUCUGGAGCUGUACACGCUUCCCUUCAUUAUGGUAAUCCUAUUUCAAGACAAAAUUCAACACAUGAAUGCACGUUUCCUGACAUUGAUCCCUUCGACCCAGCUGUAAUGGCAGUAACAACUUACUUUCCGCCCAUCUAUAUAACGGAGGGUACGAUAAAGAUCAAUCAUUCUAAGACGUUUUUAUUUGGGGACCAGAGUAACAGAUUCAAAGAAUGCAGGUACAUAUCCGUAGCCAAGAAGCCAGGCUCUGAUUUCGAAACAGUUGUUCUCUACAACAGUUCGAGUUUUAACGAUUCGAUGACUCUCAGAGACAGUGACAAUGACAUAGUUGUAGAAUGUUCUGGCAGCAAUAAGUCUGUUUUCUCGCGAUCUUACUUUAGUUUGAUUCGUGUGAAGAAAGACCUGGAAAUUAAACUGGGAAUAAACUUCAAAAGGCACAUUGCAAAGUACUCCCCGAAGGAAACCUUUAAUAUUCUCAUGAUUGGUAUAGACGGCCAUUCCAAGCAGAACCUUCAGAGACAUAUGCCUAAAACAAGAAACUAUCUUUUAAAUGUUCUUGAUGCUGUGGAACUACACAAAUAUAACAGGAUAGGAGAUAAUACAUUUCCUAAUUUGGUCCCGAUUCUUACGGGAAAAACAGAACUAGAACUCACUCGUCGCUACAGGUCUUCGAGGGACUUUUUUGAUAACAUGAACGAUGAGUUUGUGUGGAGCGAGUUCAGCAGGGCGGGAUAUCGCACGGGUCUCUACUUCGACUCUGACCAUUUGACGGCCUUUCAUUUCAUGAAGAAAGGCUGGGACAAGCCCCCUGUCGACUACUACUAUAGAGCUACAUUGAUAGAACGAGCUCGCGAUCCACUGAUGACUCACAAAGAACGCAGUUGUGUAGGGGACAUCCCAGAACUCAGCUACAGCUUCGACUUUUGGAAACAGAUGUCUUCGACCUUUCAAAAUGAAAAAACUCAGCCGUAUUUCGGAUUUGGUUUCUGUGUGCAACUGACCCACGACGAACCCAACCAUGCUAGCGAAGGAGAUGGUCUCUAUCUUCGCUUCUUUGAGCAACUGAAUGAAAUGAAUGUUUUCAACAACACCAUCGUUAUUUUCUUCAGCGAUCACGGGGAACGUCUUGGCAGAGUCCGAAGGACUUACAAUGGGAUGAUUGAAGCAAACAUGCCCCAUGUGUUUCUGGUUUUUCCACCCUGGUUUCAUCGGAAAUACCCAAAUGUCAUGGAAGUGUUAAAAAUUAACCAAGACCGCCUAACCACGAAUAAAGAUUUACACGCAACACUUCUAGAUGUUCUCAACUUUCAAGGCAAAUCUGGGAUUGGCGACGUCAAAGAAAAAGGGAUUAGUUUGUUUAAUGAAAUCCCAGGUGAGAGGUCGUGCGAAGAUGCAGAGAUUAGUGCUGGGUUCUGUGUAUGCAACAGGUUAACCAAGGGAAAUGUCAGCUUUAUUGUAACUAUAUCACUAGCAACGGCUGUUCAGUCUGCCUUGUGGGGCUCAGUGAUAAGAUACCGGCACAAGUGCCAGAAACUUACAGUUAAAUCUGUCGAUAACAUCAUGGAAAUUCAGCUUGAUAGCCAGAAGCUCCAGGAGAGAGAUGAACAAUCGUUGUACCAAAUUACAGUAACAACGACACCGGGUAAUGCCGUGUAUGAGGCCAGGUUGUCUCUUGACAGAUCUACCAAAGUUGUGAAUGUCGUUGGGAAUAUUAUUCGUUUGAACUUGUAUCGAGGCCAAGACUCGUGUAUGGACGACCCCAAGUUAAAACCAUUCUGUUAUUGUGGAAAACAAUAA